AUGGCGUCGAAGUCGGUCAGUUUGAGGAAAGCACAAGUGCCUCUGUCUUGUCAUUUUUGUAAUGAACAAGCAGUACACUGGAAAUGUGAAGAAUGUGAUGUGUUCAUGUGUAAACCGUGUAAGGAGAAAAUCCACCAGCGACUAAAAUCUGCUCAGGAUCAUGAAAUCGUCUGUGUUGCCGCUGUUUUUAAGGAUAAUCGUCCUAAAAGGGAGGUUGAAUCGGAGGUAAUUACUUCAGUUUUUAAUACAUAUACAACCACAGUACCAGUGAUUAAUUCUUUGUUGUGCUCUGGAGAUUAUUUGGUAUAUUUUGUCCAAAACAAGACAGAGGAAAAUGCUGUUUUUGUAAAGGGGAAGAUGCUAAAGUCUUCCAUUAGGAUAUUGCAAACAUUACAAAAAAGAAUAUUUGACAUAGCUGUAAAUGAGGAAGGUGAAAUUUAUUUCAAGGAGAUGAUUGAUAAUAACUGUGUUUGUAUUUUAACUAAUUCAGGCGAGAUAAAGACUGUUGUCAAUACUUCUCCAAUGAGGCCCUUAUCUUUGCAUGUCAAUAAAGACAAUAGCUUAAUAGUAGGCUUAAAAGAACAGGGGCCAUCAUUUCCAGUAACUGACUUUUCUGUCCGACAAGUUAUCAUUUUUGACAACGAAUAUAAAAGAAAAGUUACAUUGGAAACCGACACAAAAGGAAGAAAACUGUUCAGCUAUCCCGCCCGUAUCGAAACAGAUUCUAAGAAUAUAUUAUAUGUAGCUGACAGGAUGAGGGCGGACCUCAGCGGGAGGAUAGUGGCAGUAGACGUUAACGGUCGUCUGAAGUUUACAUACAAUGGUAAUCCAAAUUUACAAACGUUCCUUCCACAUGGAAUUACCAUAACAUCGAGUGAUAACAUUAUUCUCUCAGACGCGAAAAAUAACGCAUUACAUAUUUUGAAUCCCAGAGGAGAACUUCUGGGACUCCAUUUUGUUGAUAAAGAAUAUAAGAUUGAGCGACCGCACUCGUUGUGUAUAGAUAAUGAAGGAUAUCUAUUAAUUGGAAAUGCUCAGUUCGACGGUGACGCAAAAAUUUAUGUGACCACUAUAGCAGAAAAUUUAAUGUAAUCAACAUGGUCAAGACCACACGCAAGAACCGUUGGCGUAUGUGUUUUAGUAUAGAUAUAUCCUAAUGAUAAAGUUUCAAUUUUUUACUGGAGUCAAAAGGAUUCUUCAAGAAUAAGUUAAACAUGUUUUAUAUACUAGAAUGACUAAGUUUUACCAUAAAACAAGUGUACAUGGACUUUCGUGUAUACUAAGAUCCUUUGUCUAAAUAUUCAGAAAUGUACUUCGGUUGAAAUCAGUACUCCCAAUUCGCCGAUAUCGUUUCUGCAUCCAAUGACUUUUACCACGACACCUUCGCCAACCGCACCGCGCAAGUGUGAGGGAAAACUGUGAUAAAAGAAUGUAAAUUGACGUGUACUGGAAAGUAAAAAGUGAAAAUUGGUUCUGAAAGAACAAAUGACA